GCACUCUCUCUGCCUACGUGGGAGAGAAGGCAGGAUUGGGGGAAGUGUGGCAAACCUCCGGAGGCACCGCCACCGAAGGAAGGUUUGGUGGGAGGAGAAGUAGAGGGACGAAGACAGGCUGGGAGGGGAUAGGUAAGGAGGACAAAUAGGUCGCCUCUUCUGAGGCGGCACAAAGUUCUUCGAGAUGUGGCUGAAGCCUGAGGAAGUGCUGUUGAAAAAUGCGCUGAAGCUGUGGCUGAUGGAAAGAUCCAACGAGUACUUUGUCCUGCAAAGGCGUCGAGGCUAUGGGGAAGAAGGCGGAGGGGGACUUACAGGGCUUCUGGUUGGAACUCUUGAUUCUGUCUUGGACUCUACUGCUAAAGUGGCUCCGUUUCGCAUCUUGCACCAGACACCGGAUUCUCAAGUUUACUUGUCAAUUGCAUGUGGGGCCAACAGAGAAGAAAUAACAAAACACUGGGACUGGUUGGAACAAAAUAUCAUGAAGACUUUAUCUGUGUUUGAUUCAAAUGAAGAUAUUACUAAUUUUGUACAAGGAAAAAUAAGAGGACUGAUUGCUGAAGAGGGAAAAGAUUCUUUUGCUAAAGAAGAUGAUCCUGAGAAAUUUCGAGAAGCCCUUUUGAAAUUUGAAAAAUCUUUUGGUCUACCAGAGCAGGAAAAAUUAGUAACGUAUUAUUCCUGCAGUUAUUGGAGAGGACGGGUUCCUUGUCAGGGUUGGCUGUAUCUAAGUACCAAUUUUCUGAGCUUCUAUUCUUUCUUGCUAGGAUCAGAAAUUAAACUCAUUAUCUCCUGGGAUGCAAUCUCAAAACUAGAAAAGACUUCAACUGUUAUACUAACAGAGAGCAUUCAUGUAUGUUCCCAAGGAGAAGAUCACUAUUUUUCAAUGUUUUUGCACAUUAAUGAAACAUACCUUCUUAUGGAACAGCUGGCAAACUAUGCCAUAAAGAGACUUUUUGAUAAGGAAACAUUUGAUAAUGACCCAGUCCUUGAUGAUCCUCUACAAAUUACCAAAAGAGGUUUAGAAUAUCGGGCCCACAGUGAGCAAUUCAAAGCCUUUUUUAGGCUACCCAAAGAAGAGACUUUGAAAGAAGUACAUGAAUGUUUCUUAUGGGUACCAUUCAGCCACUUCAGUACUCAUGGAAAAAUGUGCAUUUCAGAAAACUACAUCUGCUUUGCUAGCCAGGAUGGAAAUCUAUGUAGUUUAAUCAUUCCAUUACGAGAGGUCUUAGCUGUAGAUAAAACUGAUGACUCCAACAGAUCUGUAAUCAUUAGCAUCAAAGGAAAAACAGCUUUUCGUUUCAAUGAGGUGAAAGACUUUGAGCAACUGGUGGCGAAACUCAGGCUCAAGUGCCGGGCAGCUUCAACUCAAUGUGAUGUUAGUACAGAGGUUGCUAUUGGUUCUGAUGCUACAGGCCAAUGUGAUAAUUUUGAGGAUCAACCUUUGACAUGUCAAAAAGAAUGCAGCAAAACUGUGAACACUGAAGCUUUAAUGACAGUAUUUCACCCUCAAAAUUUGGAGAAUCUUGAUUCUAAAAUGCUGAAAGAAAAGAUGAAAGAACAAUCUUGGAACAUCUUAUUUUCUGAAUGUGGGCGUGGUGUUAGCAUGUUCCGGACAAAAAAGACCCGAGAUCUAGUUGUAAGAGGGAUUCCAGAGACUUUGAGAGGAGAGCUCUGGAUGCUUUUCUCAGGUGCUGUUAAUGACAUGGCUACUAAUCCUGGCUAUUAUGCUGAAGUGGUUGAAAAAUCCUUAGGGACCUGCAACUUGGCUACAGAAGAAAUUGAACGUGACUUACGUCGCUCUCUGCCUGAGCACCCAGCAUUUCAGAGUGACACUGGCAUAUCUGCUCUGAGGCGGGUCCUGACAGCUUAUGCCUAUAGGAAUCCCAAAAUAGGAUACUGCCAGGCAAUGAACAUUUUGACUUCAGUAUUGCUUCUAUAUGCAAAAGAAGAAGAAGCUUUUUGGCUUUUGGUUGCUGUAUGUGAACGAAUGUUGCCUGAUUAUUUUAAUCGUCGAAUCAUUGGUGCCUUGGUGGAUCAGGCAGUGUUUGAAGAACUUAUUAGGGAUCACCUUCCUCAGCUGACCGAACACAUGACUGAUAUGACCUUCUUUUCCUCAGUCUCUCUCUCAUGGUUCCUCACACUUUUCAUUAGUGUGCUACCUAUUGAAAGUGCAGUGAAUGUGGUGGACUGUUUCUUCUAUGAUGGGAUAAAGGCCAUUUUACAACUGGGGUUGGCAGUACUUGACUAUAAUUUGGACAAACUUCUGACAUGUAAAGACGAUGCUGAAGCUGUGACGGCACUGAACAGGUUCUUUGACAAUGUCAUUAAUAAGGAUAGCCCAUUGCCUUCAAAUGUUCAGCAGGGUUCAAAUAUCGAUGAAAAAUGCAGUCAUACUAAAGUGGAUAUUACAGAUUUGAUUAGAGAAUCCAAUGAGAAAUAUGGUAGUAUCCGCUAUGAAGAUAUACAUAGCAUGCGCUGUCGAAAUAGGUUAUAUGUGAUACAGACCCUGGAGGAAACAACAAAGCAGAAUGUGUUGCGUGUUGUAUCACAAGAUGUGAAAAUGAAUCUUUUGGAAUUGGAAGAACUUUAUGUCAUUUUUAAGAAAGAGCUGUUUAUAUCUUGUUAUUGGUAUUUGAGUUGUCCAGGAUUGAAGCAUCAUGACCCCAGUUUGUCAUAUUUGGAACAAUAUCAGAUUGACUGCCAGCAGUUCAGAGUGUUGUAUCACCUGUUGAGUCCCUGGGCUCAUUCAGCAAACAGAGACUCACUGGCUUUAUGGACAUUCAGAUUGUUGGACGAAAACUCUGAUUGCCUUAUAAACUUCAAAGAAUUCUCCUCUGCAAUUGAUAUAAUGUACAAUGGAAGUUUUACUGAGAAGCUUAAGCUGCUUUUUAAGCUGCAUAUACCUCCAGCUUACACUGAAGUGAUGUCUAAGACUUCGUCAAAGGGCGAUGAGCUUUCAACAGAAGAAUUACUUUAUUUCAGUCGGCUCCACGUUUCCAAGCAUGCAGAUGAGAAGGAAACAGAAUCAGGAAAAAAUAUCCCUGAAAAAGGCAAAGGAAAAAUUGACAUUCAAGCUUAUUUAAGUCAAUGGCAAGAUGAGCUUCUUAAAAAAGAAGAAAACAUUAAAGAUUUACCAAGAAUGAAUCAGUCACAAUUUAUUCAGUUUUCAAAGACCCUGUAUAAUUUAUUUCAUGAGGACCCUGAAGAAGAGUCACUAUAUCAAGCCAUUGCUAUUGUCACCAACCUUUUGCUCAGGAUGGAAGAAGUUGGAAGGAAACUCCACAGCCCGACAUCAUCAGCCAAAGAGUUCUCUGGCAUGGCCUGUGAUUCUGGCCCCCGUGAGGGGGAUGCAGACAGCAAUGUGGAGAAAGGUCCUUCCUCUCCCAGGGAAGAACACCAGUGGUCUUUUGCAUUUGAGCAGAUUCUUGCUUCCCUGUUAAAUGAACCAGCCUUGGUGAGGUUUUUUGAGAGACCCUUAGACUUAAAAGCCAAGCUAGAGAAUGCAAAAAGCUCUCAGUUAAGGUCUAGAACCAAGGUGUAAAUCUCUGCCAUCGUCAAGUUUACCAAGAUUCCUGUACUAUCAGCCUGAUUCCUGGGAAUUCUUCUCAGGGACAUAUUGCAUUACCUAUGUGCUUGAAAGCAAAAAAGAAAAAGAUACUCAGAAACACAAUGUUCAUUCCUUUGUGUUAAUUGUAGUUUUAAAAAAAUUCUCCUACUUUGUGUCACAAGAUAUGCAGCAUCAGGGUCACAUGCUCAGUGGAACCACCAGAGGGCACCACCAUAUCACUUUAGUGAGUCAGUUACAAAUUUGUGCUGCUGUUUCCAUUAGAUUACUACUUUGUCAAAAGGUGGUGAUGUGUUUAUUAGUAAUACUGUUAUGGCAUACUGGUAAACUUUGUUUUCAAAUUACCCCAGUCCUGUAAAAGCACUUUAGAAAACUGGUCUUUAGAACUGUAGCUUUAAUUAUCUAGGAAAUUACCCAUUUAGAGCCUUGAUUUCCAAGUUAUGUUUAUUCAACAUAGUAAUACAUGUUUUUUUAAAAGCAACUUCUGCAUUCUCUGUUCUUGAGGGAUUCAGAAUUUUCUGGUUCACACUACUAACUCUGUUACUGGUAAACAUAAAUCAAGAAGUCUAAAUUCUGAGCUGAGAUAAAGAAAAACAUCACUGGAUUUAGACUUCAAUAAAAUGAAGCCAGCAUUUUGAAAAAGGUUAAGAAACAGUUGAUUUGACUAGAUAGCUCUUUCGUUUACACUGAGAUAUAUCUAAAAGUUCUUUAGAGCGCUGUUGUUUGUGCAUUUGUCUCAGAAUGCCUUGUGAUUGCUUGUGUCCCAGCUUUUUAUUCUGGAUUUUCACCAGUUGUAGUUUAAUUUAUAGUAGGUAGUGUGAAACAGUUACACUAAGAGUGAAUUGCCCUAUUAGUCUGGCAAGCACAUGAAGUAUAGUGCACAUAUACUUACUAAGGUACUAUGUGUAACUGCCAGCAUCUACUUAAAAGGUGUGACUCUCUGACGUCGGUGAGUAAUUUUUACUUACUUUAUGCUUCUUCUAGGUCAGAUAUUAUAUGACAGUCCAUUUAAAUAUGUGUGGACUUCGAUAGCACUUUAAAAAAACAAUCAAACCAUGUGAACCUGCCCUGUCUUCUGCCAUUUCCAACAAGAGGAAUUUAUUAAGCAAUUGACUUAGGAAAUGGGGCAGGGAUCACCCUGAGGAGCUUCUGUCUUCACACUAGACUUUGAUUUCAAGCCCUCUGGCUUGGAUAGAAGCAAAAAAAAGAAAGGAAGGAAGGAAGGAAGAGAAAAAGAAAGGCAGAACUCCUUAAUGGUGACCAAAGAAGUUUCCCUUUCUGGGAAGGAAUUGGUGUGGUCAGUCUUUGGCAAGGAUGUGCUGUGACUAAAACCUAACACAGAGGGAGGGCUGUGUGAUGUAGCAUACAAUCUUUUCAAUGAAGUUAAACAGUUUUCAAGUUGAGUCUUCGAAAAUUUCUGAGUUAGGUUUGGCCAAAUACUGGUAGCAUCUUUAAGAUUUGAUUACACUGUCUUUUCAAGGAAAUGACUACUUUAAAGGGAUCAUUUAGAACCAAGUCUUUCUGCUGUGACUCCGAAAUGGUUUGCUAAUGUAUGUCCCAAUUUUCAAUCUUAGUUAAUAGUUUAUAUGCAAACCAUCACAUCUGCUAUAAUGUAACCAUUGUUAAAUUAUAUGACAAUAGCUCUAGAAAAACAUAUGGUCCGUGCUUAUAUACAAAGGCACUGUUACACACACUUGAUUGAAUAUUUUGUCAGUUAUAUUUACAAGAAAUCCUUUCUUAAAGAAUAUGUUGUUAAUUUUUGAUAUUAUUUUGAAGUCAGAAUUGUGAAGAUUACUGAAUAUGGUAUUUUAGCCUUGUCUAAAGAUAAAUACUCGCGGAGAUUUUUGAAUUUCAAAAGAUUAUAAAUGAAGGUUAACAAAACAGUGUAUUUUCUGAGUCUGCAAGAGAAAAAGCUAAACACAUUAUAGUUUUAUAGUUGCUGCCUUGUUAAGCAAAUGAGUUGUUCCUAAUAUUCAAAAUAUUUCGUUGUGUCAAACUGAACUAGUGUAUUAUGACUUUUGCAUUAAAUGUUAUAAAGUGACUUUGUCUUUGUAAUAAGUAUUAAAAUCUAUUAUAUUAAAUAUUAAAAUGUUUA